AUGCUGAAUACGGAUCAAUGCUGGGAUGUGAGUAGCCAAGAGUCGCUCACCCACAAUGGAGGAGGCGACGCGCUAGGCAUUGUAUCCAUGGUGCGCUGGACUUUGGAAAAGUACCAUGCAGACAAAGACCGCGUGUUCGUUACCGGAACGAGUUCAGGCGCGAUGAUGACCAACG